UUUAGUUAGAAAAAAACGAACCGGGUUUUCUUUCUUUGUUUCUCUCUCUCUCUCUCUCUAUUUCUCACAUAAACCGCCUACAUGCAUGCGGUUCAUAAAUCAGCAAAGCCUUGAAAAGUUGCUGUGUGUGUUCGAAGAAGACAACUUUUCCUUUAUUAUUUAUUUUUCUCACUGAGCUUCAGUUAAAGUAGCUAGCUAGCUAGAGGGAAUUCUGCUGUUUUCCAUGGCUAAAGCAGGAAAGUUUUUGUUUUGAUCUCAAUCAAGCUCCUGUUAUAUACGAGAGAGAGAGAGAGAUGCUGUGUUUCCAAAGUAAGAGAAAUCCAAUUGAAGGCCUCAUAAAGUUUGAUCAAGAGGGAUAGCAAUAGCAUCAUAUCUAUCCAUCACACCAUGAAUAAGAUCAGCAACUUGAGUUGUGUUAGGAGCUCUGAUCUCAUAGAUGCCAAGCUUGAAGAGCAUCAACUGUGUGGAUCUAAACAGUGCCCCGGUUGUGGUCACAAAUUUGAAGGGAAGCCGGACUGGUUAGGUCUACCAGCGGGAGUGAAGUUUGAUCCAACAGACCAAGAACUCAUAGAACAUCUUGAAGCCAAAAUAGAGGCAAAGAAUAUGAAAUCACACCCUCUCAUAGAUGAGUUCAUUCCCACUAUUGAAGGAGAAGAUGGGAUCUGUUACACCCAUCCUGAGAAACUUCCAGGAGUGACAAGAGAUGGCUUAAGCAGACACUUCUUCCACAGGCCCUCAAAGGCAUACACAACAGGAACACGAAAGAGGAGAAAGAUUCAAAACGAAUGCGACUUGCAAGGAGGGGAAACCCGGUGGCACAAGACAGGUAAAACCAGACCCGUGAUGGUGAAUGGGAAACAAAAGGGUUACAAGAAAAUUCUAGUGCUAUACACCAACUUCGGGAAGAACAGAAAACCCGAAAAGACCAACUGGGUGAUGCACCAGUACCAUAUGGGCCAGCACGAGGAAGAGAAAGAGGGAGAGCUUGUGGUGUCAAAGAUAUUCUACCAGACACAACCGAGGCAAUGCAAUUGGUCAGAUAGAAGUGCCACAACCGGUGAAGGAAGUGGAGAACAACAACCUAACAACAAUAAUGGAAGAAGAGACAGUGGAAGUGGCAGCUGUUCUUCUUCUAAGGAAAUUGUUACUCACAGAGAUGAAAUGUCUGCUGUUGUUGGGGUCCCUCCCAUAACAACCUUCAACACUUCCUUGGACAUUCAACAACUCAAAUCCAACCAUUUUGGUUUCAUCCCAUUCAGAAAAGGCUUCGAUGAGGUUGGAAUAGGAGAAGCCUCCACAGCAAGAGAAGUGCAAGCAUCAGGGUCAUGCAAUGAAGUACAUGAACGGCAUGUAGCACAUCAUCAUCAACAACAACAACAAAAUCAGCAUGCGCACCAACAAAUUGCAACCACAGCCUUCCAUAUCAGUAGUCCUUCGCUUCCAAUCUCCACCAUCAUCUCUCCUCCACCCUUUCACCAUGCAUCCAUCAUCCUAGACGACAACUCGUACCAUGUCUCCAGGAUAAUGCUCCAAAAUGAAAAUUUCCAGCAACAGCAGCAACAACAUCAUAAACUAGGAGGAAGGUCUGCGUCUGGUUUGGAGGAACUCAUCAUGGGGUGCACUUCAACUGAUAUCAAAGCGGAGUCAUCCAUUACAAACCCACAAGAAGCUGAAUGGUUGAAGUACUCUUCUUACUGGCCAGACCCUGGCAACAUGCAGGAUCAUCGUGAGUAGGAGGAGAAAACAAAAAAUAGAGAAUAAGAAGGGGAAAAAAACCACAAACAAGACAACAUCAUCGUCGUCAUCAUUAAUGCUUCAACAAAAAGCCAAGUAAUCAGAUCCAUGGUUUGCUCAUUUUCUUUCUUUUUCCAAUGCAUGGUGCAAGUUUAUGAUAAGCUUUGGUGGCUCUCAGAGGAACUAUAACUACUGUGUGCAACGGAACAAAUUGGAAGGAAACGAAAAAGAAAAGAAAUGGCAAAGCUGCUCUCACUCCUGACACAUAUGGUGAGGGAGAACGACCAAAGACACAAAGUUAAAUGCAUCCUGCUGCAUAAAAAUCAUCACUUAUAUGAUGAAAGUAUCAUUCUCUCUUAUUAUACAUUCAUAUUAUUUUAUUAUUUUAAGAUGUUUGUAUUAGUUCACUUUUCCUAUUUUUUACACAAGAAAUAUACCAAUGAGAUUGAGCAAACUUAGGACCACCUUGUUGCCCGUGCCACAUACUGAAUUAGCUUGGUAUUCUAUAGAUUAUGAUAAGAUGAGGUGAGAUUUUUACAUUAAAACAAUUAAGUAUAUCGUUUGAGAAUCUAGCUUGUACACAAAACAAUUCAGAUAAUUUUCAUACGACAAAGCAUUUUUC